AUGCCCCCGAAAUGCGCACAAGACAACAUGGUGCCCGAGGCUCAAGGACUGAAAUACAGCAAAUUCGAGAUGGCGCUUUUCUUGACACAACUGGCAUGGCGAUCCACGUAUGACGAGCGCAUGGCCUCGCAGGACUCAAACCUGACCUCGGUCACCGAAGCCCAAGGCCAAAUUCUCAAGCGAUGGAAAGCUUUGAUGGACAGCGAAAAAGAACUGGCUGGCAAAGAGGAGAACUUCUCUCCUAGUGUCAAGAGAGAAAUGGCGGUUUAUGAGUGGAGAUACAAAAGGCUGGAGGCCACAAUGGAUGCACCUCAGAAAGGGUGA